CGCCGCAGCCGCGGUGUCUUAGCUGGAGCGUCACGUGCUCCGGUCCUUUUCCCCCAGAUUUUGUCGGAGCGGGUCUGCAGCUGGGCGGCGCAGAUGGACGUGUUGAAACGAUUUUUCUGAAUUUUAUACUUUUUUCAAGCCGAAUAAUAUAUCGCAAGCGAUCGUGAACCAUGCCGGCAUAUUUCCAGCGUCCCGAGAACGCCCUGAAAAGGGCGAACGAGUUUCUUGAGGUUGACAAAAAGCAGCCAGCCCUCGAUGUUCUUUACGACGUGAUCAAGAGCAAAAAGCAUCGAACAUGGCAGAAGAUCCACGAGCCGAUCAUGCUCAAGUACCUGGAGCUCUGUGUGGACCUCCGCAAGAGCCACCUGGCCAAGGAAGGCUUGUACCAGUACAAGAACAUCUGCCAGCAGGUGAACAUCAAGUCCUUGGAGGAUGUUGUCCGGGCUUAUCUCAAGCUGGCUGAAGAGAAGACUGAGACUGCAAAGGGGGAGUCCCAGCAGAUGGUUCUUGACAUUGAGGAUCUGGAUAACAUUCAAACACCGGAGAGUGUGCUGCUGAGCGCUGUCAGUGGGGAGGAUACCCAGGACCGAACGGACCGCCUGCUGCUGACUCCCUGGGUCAAGUUCCUGUGGGAAUCGUACAGACAGUGCUUGGACCUGCUCAGGAAUAACUCGAAGGUGGAGCGCCUCUACCAUGACAUUGCUCAGCAAGCUUUCAAGUUCUGCCUGCAGUACACCCGUAAAGCAGAGUUCCGCAAGCUGUGUGAUAACCUGAGGAUGCACCUGGGGCAGAUCCAGCGCCACCACAACCAGAGCACAGCCAUCAACCUGAACAACCCUGAGAGCCAGUCCAUGCACCUGGAGACCAGGCUGGUCCAGCUCGACAGCGCCAUCAGCAUGGAGCUCUGGCAGGAAGCCUUCAAGGCAGUGGAGGAUAUCCAUGGCCUAUUUGCCCUGUCCAAGAAGCCACCCAAACCCCAGUUAAUGGCAAACUACUACAACAAAGUGUCUACUGUCUUCUGGAAGUCUGGCAAUGCUCUCUUCCAUGCAUCAACCUUGCACCGGCUCUACCACCUCUCCAGAGAAAUGAGAAAGAACCUCACUCAGGAGGAGAUGCAGAGGAUGUCUACCCGUGUGCUGCUGGCAACCUUGUCCAUUCCUAUCACCCCUGAACGUACUGACAUUGCACGUCUUUUGGAUAUGGACGGCAUCAUUGUAGAGAAACACAGACGCUUGGCAACACUUUUGGGUCUUCAGUCCCCACCCACCCGUCAAAGCCUGAUUAACGACAUGGUGAGAUACAAUCUGCUGCAGUACGUUGUUCCAGAUGUGAAGGAGCUGUAUAAUUGGCUGGAGGUGGAAUUUCACCCACUGAAGCUGUGUGACAGAGUAACCAAUGUUUUAAACUGGGUGAGAGACCAGGCUGAGAAGGAUUCUGACCUCCAGCAUUAUGUGCCCCAUCUGCAGGGCAACACUAUUCUAAGACUGCUCCAACAAGUGGCUCAGAUCUACCAGAGCAUUGAGUUCAGCCGUCUGGCCUCCCUUGUCCCCUUCGUUGAUGCCUUCCAGCUGGAGCGCUCGAUUGUCGAUGCUGCCAGACACUGUGACCUGCAGGUGCGUAUCGAUCAUACCUCCCACACGCUGAGCUUUGGCUCAGACUUGAACUACUCUGCUAAAGAGGACUCCCCAGUGGGCCCCUUCCUGCAGAACAUGCCCUCUGAACAGAUCAGGAACCAGCUCACCGCCAUGUCUUCUGCCCUGGCCAAGGCUAUCGAUGUGAUCAAACCUGCGGCCAUACUGCAAGAGCGUGAGGAUCAGAAGCAGCUGGCCAUCGCCGCCUACUUGAAGAACUCUCGGAAGGAGCACCAGCGUGUCCUGGCCCGCCGGCAGACCAUCGAGGAGCGCAAGGAGCGCCUGGAGAACCUCAACAUCCAGCGCGAGAAGGAGGAGUUGGAGCAGCGCGAAGCAGAGCUGCAGAAGGUGCGCAAGGCAGAGGAGGAGCGCCUGCGCCUGGAGGCCAAGGAGCGUGAGAAGGAGCGUAUCAUGCAGGAGCACGAGCAGAUAAAGAAGAAGACUGUGCGUGAGCGACUUGAGCAGAUCAAGAAGACAGAACUGGGAGCGAAGGCCUUCAAAGACAUCGACAUUGAGGAUCUUGAAGAACUGGAUCCAGAUUUCAUCAUGGCAAAACAGGUGCAACAGCUGGAGAAAGAAAAGAAAGAACUUCAGGAACGCUUGAAGAACCAGGAGAAGAAGAUUGACUACUUUGAGAGAGCCAAACGCCUGGAAGAAAUCCCUCUGAUUAAGAAGGCUUAUGAAGAACAGCGAGUGCAAGACAUGGAGCUGUGGGAGCUACAGGAGGAGGAGAGGAUAAGAAACAUGCAAGUGGAGCGCGAGAAGGCUCUGGAGCACAAGCAGAGAUUGUCAAGGAUGAUGGAAGACAAAGACAACUUUGUCUCCAAGAUCACGGCUGCACGCCAGUCUGUCUAUGAGGAAAAGCUGAAGCAGUUCCAAGAGCGUUUCGUUGAAGAGAGGAAACAGCGUUUGGAGGAUCGCAAGAAACAGCGAAAAGAAGACCGUCGCAAAACAUAUUACCGGGACAAAGAGGAGGAGGAACAGCGGCUGCAUGAAGAGCAACUUAAAAGAGAGCGUGAAGAGAGGGAGCGUAUUGAGCUGGAGCAGCGUGAGGAGGAAGAGCGAGAGUACCAGGAGAAACUGCGCAAGCUGGAGGAGCAGGAGAGGAAGCAGCGAGCGCGACAGCUUGAGAUCGAGGAGAGAGAGCGCCGCAGAGAGGAGGAGAAGAGGGUACCAGAGGACAAGCCACUUUCAAGGGAUUCAAAUCCACGCUGGGCUGACAAAGAGGAGGGAGGAUUAGGAGGAGGCGGUGGCUGGAGAAAGCGUGCUGAGGGCGGCGAGUCCGAGUGGAGACGUCCUGGGACUGGCACUGACAAGGAAGAAGGCCGGGAAAAUGAGAAACCUGCAUUCCGUCGAGACGAUGACCGGGAGCCGCCCUUUCGACGGGGUGGUGAUGACAGGGGCCCCAGAAAAGGGUUUGAGGAUGAGCGGGGUCCUCGCCGGGGCUUUGAUGAGGACCGGGCUCCCAGGAGGGGGCUAGAUGAUGACCGGGGCCCCAGGAGAGGGUUUGAGGACGAGCGGGGUCCUCGCCGGGGCUUUGAGGAUCGGGCUCCCAGGAGGGGGCUAGAUGAUGACCGGGGCCCCAGGAGAGGGUUUGAUGAGGACAGGACUCCUAGGAGAGGGGCUGAUGAGGAUAGGGGACCAAGGAAAGGGGCUGAUGAGGACUGGGGACCUAGAAGAGGAGGGGAUGAUGACAGGGGCCCAAGAAGAGGUGGAAGGGGCAUGGACGAUGACCAAGGACCUCGCCACGGAGACAAUUCCAAACCUUGGAAACCGCUAGGCAAAACAGUAACUUCCAAAUGGAGUGAGGAAGGCCCGAGUGAACCAGUCGUAAAACUUGGUGGCUGGAGAGAGAGGGAGAAAGCUCGUGAAGAGAGCUGGGCUCCCCCCCGUGAUACGGGGGCCUCUGAAGAGAGUGACGAGCGGGAGCCUGACAGAGAGCGUCGUCCUCCAAGGGAGGAGGGCAGCAGUGCUUGGAGGAAGGGAGGCACUGAAGAAUCGAGUGGCUGGAGGGACUCGCCCCGCAGUGACGCUUGGGAAGACAGGCGUAGCAACAGGCGUGAUGACCAAGACCGUCGUGACGUGAGAGACAAGCCCGAUGAGCGAGACCGCAGGGGCCCACCCAGAGCAGAGCGCAACGAAGUACCAUCGAAAUGGAAAGCAGACGAGACCAUUGAAACCAACGAAAGACCUGCGAGCAGCUGGAGGCGCGGUGGAGAGGAGCGCAAGGAGGAGAGAGACACCCCUCGCCGAGGAGCCCCUCCUUCCAGGGAGAAGGAGCGAGAGAGACCUACUGGGGAGGGCAACGUCUGGAGGGCUGAGAAGGAGCGGGAGAGACCCGCUGGGGAGAGCAGUGCCUGGAGAGCUGAGAAGGAGGGAGAGAGACCUGCUGAGAAGGAGCGAGAGCGAUCUGCUGGGGAGGACAGCGCCUGGAGGGCUGACAAAGAAGCUUCACGGCGCUCCAAAAUGGAAACCGAUGACGACGGCUGGACCACUGUGCGUCAUUAAUACAUUCGUGUCCUUUGCUGCAUCUUCUUAGUGUUGGAGUGGGCCUUAAAAAAUAAAUAAAUAAAUAAAUAAAAAUGGUGCCACACAAAGCAUUCUUAAAUCUUUAAAGAAGCAUUUGACAGUUGUUCAUUUUCAGGUGGUUUGCUAUUGUAACAUUAAAGCAAAGUCAUUUCUGAUAAUUGAUCAUGCACAGUUUUUAUGCAGUAAGUAAUGUGAAAAAAUACUGAUGCAGAAUGACCUAUUGCAUUGUGUAGGCUGUUGCCUUUAUUGAAUCAUUUCACAUCUUACUAAAUGUGCAUCUUAUAAAAGCAACUUAAUACAACUUUGUUGGACAUUUCAUUAAAGGACUUCUGAUGCUUAAUUGAGUGUACAAGGUUACUUUUUUUAUUCUGUGUUAAACUGCAAAGAUGUGGUGCAUAACAUAAGUCUGCCUAAUUAUUUAAACUUUCUAUAUUAAGUUGUUACAGCAGAAUUGGACCUAAUCUUUCUAAAUUCAAGGUGGUGCAAAUUGUUGAUUAGUAGUCAAGUCAGACAUAAAGCAUACUGAUAAUCCUGGUAGUUUUACUUGCUGCUAAUGUUACAUUUCACAUCUGAAUUUACACCAAGUGAUUGUCAUGGUAUUCGAAUCCAAUAAUGCAUACAUAACUAAUAAACUGCACACAUGAAAUACAUCAGCAUGAACACUGAAAAUGGAUCCUUGCUAUGCCAAUAUUUUUCUAUUGCCCAUGGUGAAAUUGUUCCUUUUAAAUAUAAUGUACUUUAAAAUCCUUUAUAAAAUAGUGUCAAAUAUUUGUGGUUUUUGAAAGCUGUAGUAUAAGCCUUGAUCUGGCACUUUUGGAUCUUUGUCUUUUUAGAGUAAUGCUUAACUUUCAUAAAUAUGUAGUAAUAACGGUGUUGGCUUUAAAAAAAUGUAAGUGAAUAUACGAACAUGACUAGGUUGCAUGCUUCUGGUCUUGUUUAAACCAACGCAGUCUAUUAUGAUGUUUCUAAUAAAAAAUAAAUUACACA